AUGGAACUGACGGAAGAUGAUUUUUUCCUCAAAAUGAAUACACGUUCUCGUACUCGCCGUGCGUCUGAAGUAAACGCAUUAUAUGAGGCUGCAGAUGUUUUUGACGACGAAGAAAGUGAAAGCGAGACUGAAUCAGUUUUUGAAGUGCAGCAUAAUGAGAGUGAUGAAGACGGAAGCGAAGAAGAGCAGGUAGAAGCUGUUGAAAGUAAGUCAUCAAGCAAUGAGUCUGAAUCAAUACCUAGUACAUCAGGCAAGAGGAAACGUGGUCGACCAAGC